AUGCAUCGGUUGAUCACUGGCAGGACUGACGACGCAGGACGUGGCAAAGACAUAAAGCGAUCGGACAGUAAAAGCUAUCUGAAGGGUGGCAAGAAGCGAAAGGCUUCUGAAAGAAAAGAGGCUCAGCAAGCCGCAGACGCCACGCUCAAACGCGAAGCGCCGCCAAACAACAAGAAGAAGCGGAAGACCUCGAGUGCGAAACUACCGACGGCUGACAGUCAAGCUUCUGCCCAUGAAUAGAUAAGAAAUAUAUUAGUGGAGCCUGUGCUGGAUAAUUGCGCUCCCGUUUAAUAAAUAAGUUCGACUUAUGUACUAUCGUCACAUAU